AUGGGGUGCUCAGGCGACCGAGAGAAAGGAGAGGUCUUCAUGGAGGAGAAGUGGGACUAUGUAAAUCUGAAUGACUUCAAAUCAGAAUCAUGCUUGACCCCAUUCUCAUACUUCUUUUUAUGGGUCUUCCUCAUUGUCUCUUGCGCCGUUUAUGGCGUGGAUACCUUCACUGCCGUCAAUCUGCUUGCCUUCUCCCGCUGGUCCGGUCGAGUUGAGCCUGUCAUUCCCUUUCGAAUCUCCCGUUGGAUCUUUGCCAUCUGUAUUUUAAUCUCCUUCGUCCUUUUGAUAUAUCGAUGGUUCUGGGCAAUUCGUGCUAUCCGCUCUGGCAGUGUCACGCAAAGCUACCUCAAUCCCCUCGCCGUGCGCGUGCAAAGUUUUCGUGUUCUCGGCAAGAGUGGCCAGGGAUGGAAGCGCUUCCUAGUCUUUGCUGAGCUGACCAAGAGUAAGAAAGGCGCCGAGUAUGUGGCUUUGUAUACAUACUUCUCUUUCCACUCUUGGUUGAAUACAAUCUUUGCAGACGGUCCCCGCCAGGUCCUCAAUGCCAUCACCCUCUACUCGGUCAUGAAGCUGGAUCUUCUCCCAGGAGGCGCAGAUGCGAAGGCAGAUUCAAGCAAUUCCGGGGUCACACAAUUCUUCGACAACAUCAAGAUCCUCGCCGAAGAAAAUAACCUCCGCGCAGUGGUCUUGUUUGGCAUGUUGUUCACCCUCGUCAUCUGGGUUCUGUCAGUCUUAAAGCUAGCUUCGGGCAUCGUUCUUUACCUAAUAUUCCUCUUCCACCACAUUCCUACUGAGGAUGGUUCUCUGAAGGCAUACUGCCGUCGCAAGAUUACCACCCGGCUAACGCGUAUUGUCCGAAAGAAGGUCGACAAGGCCCUGGCAAAGGGACUGAAGCUAGAAGAUCGCGCACCGACCAAACCGACAUUGAACGCUGGUAACUCGAAACCAACUUUACCAACGGUCGACUUGGACAAGACUCCAGCUGUGACAACUGUGCCACUCAAUACCGCCGAGACUAAAAGGCAUUCCUUUACGCGUGUUCCGAGGGAGAAAGCUGCGACCUUGCCAAAUCUUGAGCAGGACGCCACGCUGCCAAAUAUGGACUUUGACAGCAAAUUGCCCUUGAAUCGCACAAUUACCGAAGGAUCAGCAUUCUCUGAAUCGGCCUCGCUUACUGGACACGCCGCAGGUAUGGGCUAUAGUCCUCUUGAUCGCCAGCCUGCCCCGCCAAUGCCCAUGAACGAGUCUCGUUAUGGUACUCCGGCGCCAGGAGCCUAUCGCAACUUGACAACCCCGGGACCACAGCCAUAUCGUGGUCAAAUACCGACAUCUGGCCCACAUGCUCGCUCAAAUACACCUGGUGCAUCUAUUGCGGCUAAUCAGUACGGUCGGUCUAACACGGCUGGUCCUUAUGGUCAAGUGAAUGCGACCGGGCCAUCUGCAGCAGCUGAUCAGUAUGGUCGAUCGAACACGGCCGGUCCUUAUGGUCAAGUCAAUGCAUCGGGAGCAGCUGUCGCUGCAAACCAGUACAGUCGAUCCAACACUGCUGAUCCCUUUGGUCAAGCCAAGGCAACCGGGCCGUCUGCUGUAGCUGACCGGUACGGUCGAUCCAACACGACGGAUCCGUAUGGUCAAAGCAAUUCGUCAGAAGCCUCUGUCGCCGCUAGCCAGUAUGGUCGAUCCAACACAGCCGAUCCCUACGGUCAAGUUAAUUCAUCAGGGCCAUCUGUCGCUGCAAACCAGUACGGUCGAUCCAACACGGCUGAUCCAUAUGGUCAAAAUGUUUCACCUGAAGCUUCUGUCGCAGCAAAUCAGCACGGUCGUUCUCACACAGCCGACCCCUAUGGUCAAGUCAAGGCGGUCGGGCUAUCUACCGCAGCUGAUAACUAUGGUCGAUCCAAUACAGCCGGUCCUACUGUUGGUAAUGACCCGCACACGGCGGCUGACUAUAACCACUAUGGCAAUGGAGUGGAUGCGUACGAAGAAGACGAUUAUGAGGAUCUGUAUGACAUGUAUGCAAGCCCCGUGACCCAACAAGGUCCCCCUUACCCGCAUCAGGUCUACAGCCAAGAUCCAUACCAGGCGAGCUCUAUCACUCCAGCUAGUGUUGCACCCGCACAAGAUCCUUAUCGCCCUUAUUCUCCGCCUCGUACUGGAGUAGCAUCUCAAGAUCAGCCUUACCGAUCUUAUACACCAGGAACCACUGGAACAGCAUCGCAGGAUCCGACCUACCGAUCUUAUACGCCAGGUAGUACUGGGGCAACAUCGCAGGAUCCUACUUACCGAUCUUAUACACCAGGAACCACUGGAUCAGCACCAAAAGAUUCGUACCAGCCUUACACCUCCAGCGCCACGCCCCAAGACACCACUCGGUCUUUCGCUCCAGCAAACGCUGGAAUCACUCGCCCUCCAGUGAGCGUACCGCCCAUCAGAACCAUGACUCCUACUAGCGCAGGCACUCAGGGUGGCUACACUGCAUUCAAUCCUUCAACUUCAGUGUCUUCUCAGACAUCACCACCACAGACCCGGAGACCCUCCGUACCAACAGGCUAUCAGCCUUUCACUCGUGCCAACACUGCCUCUCCCUCAAACAUACACCGUAACGGUCCACCGGCCGGAUACUCCUUCAACCGCGCCAACACCGAUCGCUUCUGA